CUCUCGUCCGCUGGGAGCUCUCUCUCUCUCCAUCCGAGGAUGGAGGAGGGACGACGCACACGCGGCCAUCCGUGGAGGCGAGACGGGAGGAGAGAGGAGAGGCGGGAGGAGAGAGAACGGCGCCAUGACAUUUCUAGAGAGAGAAACAGCGGCGAGAGCGACUCGGCGGAAGGAAAAAAACAGGUGGGCGCACAGGCGUGCACCGGUGCACGGUGUGGUGCGUGCCCCCGGUGCACGGCCGCCUGCUACGCCGACGCCACCACCUGCCUGCUUCCCCCUUCCCCACGUCUCUAGAAGACAGGGAGAGAGAGGGGGUGGGGUGGGGGGUUAGAGCGCACGCGGAUCCAAGCAUGCCCGCCCAGACCUCCCCAUCUCUCCUCCGGGGGGAUGCGUGGAAGCAAGCCGAAUCAGGGCACCCUGGAGCGCGAGGGCGAGACGAGACGGCGCCCCCACUCCUCCCGUCCACACACCAUUACCACCGCCUGCCCACCCACCCCGUCACCACCUCCACCGCUGCUGAUAGGAUGACGAUGGGUGGAGAGAGAAACCAGACGAGGGGGAGUUGAAACUCCAUCCAGCCAGACGGUCGGUGGCGUUUCUUGCCUGCCGGGCAUAUGCGUGCUUCGGCUCCCCAGACUCGCCAUCGGCCGGCCGGCCUCUCCUGUUGCCACCAAUCCAUGGGCCUUUUUGGGUUUUCGACCUCGCCUCGCCUCGCCUCAACCCCCCAUGGGUCAGGUCAGAGGAGAGCUCCGCUCUCCCCCGUCACACGCCGCCAGCGGCAGGAGAGAGAGAGAAAGCAAGCAGCCGUGCUGCAGCCGGGCAAGAAACUUCCCCCACCUCCCUCCUCGCCUUUAUUUCUACUCGAUAUUGUCGUCUCCUUCCUCGGUCCUAUCUCCUCCCCGCCCCCUGCUCCGCCUUUUCUUCUCCGGUUCCUCCUCCCCCUCGCCUCGCCUCCCCCGCCCUCCGUUUCUUGCGGUGUGUGUGUGUGUGUGGGGGGGGGGGGGGUUGAGGAGGUGAGCAGCUGAGGUCCGGCGAGGCUAGGUUAGGCGGCCAUGGCGGCCGGCAAGAAGGCCAGGGUCGUCUUGGCCCAGCCGGCGGCGGGGUCGCCGCCGCCGCGCCCGCCUCCGCUCUUCUCUCGCGCGCCAGGCCCCGUCCGCGGCGCCGGGGAGGAGGCGGCGUACUGGGCCAGGCUUAGGUACCAGGCCCUCCUCCAUGACUACCAGGAGCUCGUCAAGGAAGCUCAAGCAAAGAGGACGAGGCUGCAAAUGGAGAGGCUUAACAAGCAGAGGCUAUUGGCUGAAGUCAAAUUCUUGAGGAAGAGAUACAAAUCCAUGUCUGAAAACCCAUCUCAGACAAUUGUUUGUAGAGUGAGGAAUCCAGCAAUGCGGCCUGCAUGUUGCACUGCUGCUGCUGCUUGGGCCAAUGACGCUCAUCACCAGUCGGUUCAAGCCAUUGGGAGUUCAAGCAGAAGCCAGCUGGUGCAAUGGAGACAAGAUGAUUCUCCAAGACCAUCUCCGGUGAUUGACCUCAACGAGGCCUGUGAGCCGGGUUAUGAGAUGGAAAUGGGUGAUCAUCAUGGUUACGGGGAGCCUCUUGGCAUCGACAAGGUGAGGAGGUACCCGAUGGAAGGUGUCACUGCUGCUGGCCCUAGCGAGGUACGAAUUCCUGCAUUUUGGGAUGCCCGGAGCCCGGCGGGGCGAGCUGGGAAGAGGAAGAUCUCAUGGCAGGAUCAGUUGGCCCUGAGAGUAUAGGCAAUGACAGUAUUUAGCUGAAGUGCCAUAGUAGUAGGAUCUGUAUGUGUCAUCGCUAGCCGGUCACCAGAUGUAAAAGGAUCUGCAGGAUAAUCUGGAUGGUUGUUUACUCCUGUCUCAUGAUGAAAACAUGGGCUGCCUUGUGAUAGCAAGGUAGGCGUGAUGGCUGUCACCAAAAAUGUUUAGGCAAAUCCUCGUGUGGAGGGCAAAUAGUUCAAUGAGAGAUGUACCUUCUGAGGCAGCAGUUUCUCCUGUUAUUGUAGAAUGUAGAGUUGAAGGAAUGCAUGAGGCCACUCUCCUGAGGUUGAACAAAAAAAGGGGGGCGUUGGGAUGGGGGUCCGGCAUGGGAUGGGAUGAUUGAUUGCAUCUUGGUUACCGCCAGUUGCACCUGUUGUUUCUGUGCUUAUUGUACAUAUGAUGUAGCAAUGCUGUCUAUAUGCAUGAGUUGAAAUUGUUUUGGUA